CGCCCACGUCUUCCGUGCCCGCAGUCCCUCUUCACGCAUGCGCGGGUGGCGGUGGCAGAGGCGGAGUUGGAACGGUACGCGCGCGGGUGGCGGAAUGGUCUUGAACCAGGUACGGGCCGUUUUCUUUGAUCUGGACAACACGCUCAUCGACACGGCCGGGGCGAGUAGAAAAGGCAUGUUGGAGGUGAUAAAGCUCUUACAAUCAAAAUACCAUUACAAAGAAGAAGCUAAAACCAUCUGUGACAAAGUGCAAGUUAAACUCAGCAAGGAAUGUUUUCAUCCUUCCAGUACUUGCAUUACUGAUCUCAGGACUUUACAUUGGGAAGAAGCAAUCCAGGAAACGAAGGGUGGUGCAGCCAAUAGGAUAUUGGCUGAAGAAUGUUAUUUCCUGUGGAAAUCUACACGUUUACAGCAUAUGAUACUAGCAGAAGAUGUCAAAGCCAUGCUCACUGAACUUCGAAAGGAGGUCCGCCUACUUUUACUGACAAAUGGAGACUGCCAGACCCAAAGGGAGAAGAUCGAGGCUUGUGCCUGCCAGUCCUAUUUUGAUGCUAUUGUUGUAGGUGGAGAGCAGAAAGAAGAGAAACCAUCACCUUCCAUAUUUUAUUACUGCUGUAGUCUCCUUGGAGUACAGCCUGGGGACUGUGUGAUGGUUGGUGACACACUAGAAACUGAUAUACAAGGAGGUCUUAAUGCAGGGCUAAAAGCAACAGUCUGGAUAAAUAAAAAUGGAAUAAUGCCACUGAAGUCAUCCCCCAUGCCACAUUAUAUAAUUUCUUCUGUGCUAGAGUUACCUGCUGUCUUACAAAGUAUAGACUGCACAGUCAGUAUGUCAGCUUAAAGCACAUAAAAGGACAUGAUUAUGUAUUUUAGGGUAAAAUUACAGGGUUUGAACUAAGAAAAGUUAAGGCAUUCCAUAUAUUAUGACCCAGUUCUAAGAAUAAUUUUACUUAUGAUUCAGUGGCCAGCCAACCAUUGACUGGUAUUUAUAUCUGGAAAUCCAGAGUACAUUAAUUAAUACAAGUUAUUUUUAGUAGGAUAAUCCAGAAAACUUGAGGAAAUAUAUUAUUUGUUAAAUCUGUAACUUGAGGUUUUUAAAGAAUUAUUUUAUUAAUCUUUUAAUAUCUUGGAUCCAUGAAGAUACCAGGCAAGAUAGCUUAUACUGGAUUCACAAAUACAGGUUUUAUGUUCUGUCUUAAAAAUAGAUAUAUUUUAGGGGCGCCUGGAUGGCUCAGUCGGUUAAGUGUCUGAUUUUGGCCCAGGUCAUGAUCUCAUGGUUUGUGGGUGCAAGCCCCACGUUGGGUUCUUAGCUGACAGCUCA